UUAUAUGUGCAAAUUAGAUAAACCUUUCGACUUCACUCUUCCUCUGUCAAAGCUGCAAUAAUAGAUAGCGAACCCGGAAAGAGCAAUGCUAGCAACACUCGCCAUUUGCACUCUCCGACCAACAGGUCCAAUCUCAUUGGGCCACGUUAUGUCGGUUAGGAGAAAUAAUCAUUUCAUACCGGAAGCAAGCUUACUUGGCCCAAUAAAAAAGCAUGUGUUGGUCCGAGAGUGCAGGAGGCGAGUGCCCCUAGCACUGCUCAACCCGGAAAUGGACGCCGGAAACGUUUCCAUGUCAGAUCUGGCCUCACAAAUAUGCAACCAAAUAGCCUCCAUAUUUGCCAAACCCACCUCCCCUUACCCACCAGCCCUAGACCUAAUCUUAACAGAGCUUACCACCGUUGCAUCGCGAAAGGGCCGCGUCUUUCUCUACGGUGUGGGCAGAGAGGGCCUCAUGCUAAAGGCUCUAUGUAUGCGCCUCUUCCAUCUAGGCCUCUCCGCCCACUUUGUUUUCGAUAUGACCACCCCACCCAUCUCCUCCAACGACCUCUUCGUUGCCUCCGCCGGCCCUGGAGGAUUCUCCACUGUCGAUGCCUUAUGCUCGGUGGCUCGAUCGCAGGGAGCAAGAGUGCUGUUGCUGACUGCACAGCCCAAGAGCGGAUCCAGCGUGAAGCACGCUUCUGUGGUGGCUUAUUUGCCAGCUCAGACUAUGGCUGACGAUGCAGCCAACAGCGGAGAAGGUGAAGGCGGAGAGAUUGGGAGGGCGUUGCUGCCUAUGGGGAGUGUGUAUGAAGGGGCCAUGUUUGUGUUGUUUGAGAUGGUUAUCUUCAAGUUAGGUGAGGUUUUGAGAGAGAAUCCUGAAGAUGUCCGAGCUCGCCACACUAAUCUUGAAUGAGAAAGAAAGCCUAGCCUCGUCC